GGCGGCUUGUGGACAUGAAAAUUACCGCCGAUGGGGUGUGUUUUCUGGUUCCCAUCAGUAUACCGCCACCACUGCAAGGACCGCCAUUGGCUUAUUAGAGCUACUCCCAUAUCAUUGGUCAAUUCUGACCAAAGCUUGUGUAAUGCCGUGAUUGCCGCCUCUUGAUUACGCGAUGCCAGAGCUGCGCCUGUCAGAUUCCGUUACCCCAGGAAAUGGAUUUUUCAUGGAGUGGUCCAGUAGGACGAAGCCUGUGCGGGAAUCGGGGAUGUGGCCACUAUUAUGGGAUGCAUGUUUUGGCUAACGGCACUGACAUUAUUAGAGCGGAAGUGGACCAGCGAUCUGGGAACCCAGAAAAAGCGAUUACCGGCAACGUGAGCAAUGUCAUAUCGAGCAAUGCUGGUCGUACUGGACAAUCUGCCGUCAGUACCGUCAGAAAUAGUGCAGAGCAAGUGCCUGGAGGAAUCGGUGGGGCUGCAACGGGAAGUACAGUGCGCAGCUCUCUUCAUAAUAUGAACACGGGAUUCGGGAUGCGCGGAACUAUAGACCAGCCGAAUAUGAUGCAGCAAUAUGGGCUACCCGGCAGUCAAGUCAGUAUGGGAUUAGCUGGUAUUCCAAGAUUCCCUGUCCGUGGGCAGAGUACAUACGGGUUUCCAUCAAGUUGCGGUUUUGGGACAUCCAGCUUGGCUAACUCAACGCCCAGUGGUCGGUAUCGUGGACGCGGUCAUGGACAGGUAAAGCGUUUCCGGGGAGAAGGUUGGCGAUCUUCAGCGCCUGCUACACCGACGGCGCCGCGUGCUGAAGAAGAGGAUCCAGAAGUAGCGUGGAUUCAUAUGUGGACGGUGUAUUUGUUUCGAUUUAACGAUGAUCACCCCAUUCCACAUGCGAGACAAUCUGAGGGUGCAAACGAAAUUGAGCUGAUGCAUUUGGCUGGAUUAGUAAAAGAUAUUAAUUUCGCGAAACUGCAUCUCACUGGAGACUUCAUCAAUUCCAAAAUCAUGGCUGCGUUUAAUCAUUUUCUGGAAGGCCGGCCGUGGAUUCUGCUCACCCGCAUACCUGCAACUAAUCAGACUAAGAACAAGCCGAAGUAUAAGCCGGAAGGAAAUAAUGUUCACUCGUGGGAUUUGCCGCUGUCCUCCGCUACUUGGUCACAAUACCAACGAUACACUGAACAACUUCCACAAGAGACGCGGCGGCGCAUGUAUAUCGCCAUCAGGGAAGGGAUGAUAACAAUUCCGUUUGAAAUUGUGCAGCAGUUAGCAGAUUCUAAAGGCAUUUCUGUGGAUGAGCUGGCGCUGCGUUAUACUGAAGACGAGCAGUCUGCUAUGAUCUCCGGACCUAGUACAUCCGGACCUAGCACAUCCGGACCUAGUGCAUCCGGACCUGCUAUCACAUCUGGACAGAGUACAUCGGGGAUAAGCCGCGGGACAGGUCGACCUCCACGAGUGUUCUUCAGUGACUCACCUUCUCCUUCUUCAUCUCCGGCUCAACCUCGGCGUGCACCAGGUGGCUUUGGAGGUUCUUCUGGUGUGAGUACAGCGCAUCGAAACGGAAGCUUGAGUGGAAAGCGAACAGUUCUGGAUAUCAUAACAGUCGAUGCCUCAGAAGGCGAUAGUGGGGACGAGGCUGCAAAUACCGGGCGAAAUUUACCUAGGCUGAAAGUCAAUAUGGGUUCGGUAGCGUUACCUGAGCCAACCAACAGUCGCCUAACAUUGCGGGACUUGAGAGAAGAACUUUGCUUUAGCGUUACCGGCGUUUUCCCUAUGGACAAACCGGAUAGCCCGGAUAAGGAAAUCUUUUUCGAUUGGAUCCGAGGUGAAAACGACAACGUUCAAAAUUACAUCGAUUUUUAUCUGGCUCGGGCGGACGCUUUGGCGCAGACUGGCAGGAUGACCGUACGAAUGGACGAUGCUUUUGAUUGUAAUGGACCGUACAAAGAAUGUAUUGCGCAGCUUCUGGCCGGAUUUCGAAAAUACAAGAUUCCGAACUUGGGCAUUGCUUUAUUUGAUGGGUAUUCGAAAGAUGAAGAGGAUGAUGAGGGAUUUGUGCUCAUUACCGCUGUCCCUAUUUUUACGGAAGAAGGACACAAUGCACUACGUGCAUUUGGAUUUUUGCUUCGCGAGGGCAUCUUGCAUGGAUGCCCUUUCCCGGACUGGUUUAAUUCCUCCGCGUUACGUUAUCUUUUGAACCUUCCAAUCCAGUUGAAUGACAUUUUCGUCUUCGCACCAACUAUAGGAGAUAUCAUCCAAGACAUUUUGCGUGGCAGUGGUGAGAUCUAUUUGGAAGAAAUGGAGAAUUUUAGCAUGUGGGCAGACAGUAACCCCGCGUUCCCGUGGUCUUCAUUGGUUAAACUUGGUCGGGAAACGCUUUGCCGGUACAUGGCUGUCUAUGAGCUAUGCACCAAACGUUCUGCAAAUCUGAAGUUCCUGUAUGAAGGAUUAACGGCUGGGAAAAUGGGCAAAGAACUGUUACAAAUGCGACCCGAUUGGAAGCCUUUUGAAGAAGGCCUUUAUGCCGGAUCAGUGAUUGAAGGCCGCGAUAUGUUAGAGCAGUUCAGACCACUGAAUGAGGCAAAUGCGACUGAAGAACAAGCGCAGAUGGUUGCGUGGCUGGACGAGAUCUGCGUUGAGGAUCUGGACUGUCGUGAACGGAAGCAACUGCUUAGAUUUAUCACCGGAUCUAACAUCAUACCUACUGUACCGAGAAUUUCCAUCGAUUUUUUCGCUGAACGUGAUGAAAACCGCCGGCCUACAUCGCGAACAUGUUCGAACAUCUUGAAGUUGCCAACUGGAGUGCGUUCGAAAGAAAAACUUCUUGAACUGCUGAAGGACUGCAUCGCCGCGGUCGACAACAAGAUGUAGGGGUAUUUCCAGUUCAAAUAAAACAGCGAGAAUUGUGGUGUGGAAGUAAUCAGAUAUCGAGCGGAUCGUUUUUACGACUAAUGGACGGGCAUUUACAGCUAACCGGACUUACCAAUUUGAUGAGCAAGUUACGCUUUCUUAAAUUUUUUCCAUUCCCAUCGUAGUUGAUAUUUUUUAAUGUCAAUGAUGUCUGCGCGUGAAUGUAGAGUUCCUCAGUUUUUCAACGUUAGAUGAGAACGGAAGUGCGCUUAUGAAUUUCGUUUUGCUGUGCGGCUAUUACUGGCUAAAUUAGAGCGAGCUGUACAUGUGUUUGAAUUUUUCUUUGAUAGUUGAGUAAUGCCGGGUAAGUUUAUGCGAACUGUACUUGGAUACAUGUGUAUGGACAAGGUCUAAAU